AUGAUAUAUUAUGAAGUAGAUUAUUCAAAGGUGAUUGUAAAUAAGUUAAAGAUUAUAAAGAGUUGCAAAGAGUUGAAUCAGCUGAUUGGUGACAAUGCCAAGUGGGACGAUGAAAAUCAUUCACUACAGACAUCAGACUAUCGUGUGGCACCCAUCGAUUUAACAGCUGGUACAGAAUGUUUCGAUUCAGUGUUCUCUGCGCUGAACAUCGACUUUGAAGCACCCACUAUGUUCCUAUCAGAGUGUGUUAUCAUCUACAUUCCCACCGAAGCAGGUAACUCACUGAUAAACUGGACAUCCAAUCGUUUCAAAGAAUCGGUUUUCAUUACCUACGAACAAAUUAAACCCUAUGAUGAAUUCGGAUCGAUGAUGAUAAAAAAUAUUGAAAAUAAAGGAUGUCCAUUAUUAUCAAUCAAUUCAUUCCCAGAGAUUAAAGAUCAAAGAGAAAGAUAUCUUGGCUUCGGAUGGAAACGUGUAGAUGUAUUGGAUAUGUUAGAUGUAUAUAAUUACUUUAUUGAAAAGGAAAGAGUUAAAGAAACUGAAAGAUUGGAGAUAUUCGAUGAAUUUGAAGAAUGGUAUCUAAUUCAAGGUCAUUAUUGUUAUGUCUUGGCUAUCAACAGUCAAGAUCCAACGAAAAUCAAACAAUAUCAUUUCGAGGACAAGAAACCAUUGACCAAAUCCAGCGGAACCAUUCCAAUUUAUAAUAAAUUUAUGAGUUAA